GUUUCCCCUCGCCCGCGUCGCAAUCCCCCGACUUCAAUUUGCCCUACCUCUCCGCAGGCUCAAUUAAUCCCCGGUCUUAAUUGCCCAUAGAGGAUUCCAUCCGCAGAUUGAUUAUAUCAUAUCUGUUCCGCUACCGCCUCACACACCCGAACACCUCCGCAACGAACAAGAAAAGAAAAUCCUUAACAAUGUCGACGCCUCAGUUCUGGUCUACGCCUCUCCGCUACCUCCGCUGGGCUUCUCACGAACGUCCCGCCAUCUUCUACUCCCUUAUUAUCGGCUCGAUGGGCCCCGUUGCUCUCGUCGGUUUGCCCCCGCUUAGACGUGCCUUGGGUGACGUUGACCCCGAGACUAUCCCUAUGUCUUAUCCUAUCCCCGCCGGUCCCCGCACAUUCCCGAAGGGUUACGAUGACGAGUAAAUUCACCUCAACCUCGGAUAUAGCGAUAUGGAAAGGAUAGGGUGGACGGACGAUAGCGGAACCGACAACUAGCUCUGCAUUGAAUCAUGGGCAACGUGCGACUCCGGCGCGGUUAGAAUAGAAGGAAAGGGAGGCUGGCUGUUCAAUCAACGAGCAAGUAUCGGCGGGCCCCUCGCUUU